GUUCCGUCGCUUAUAUUGGCGCAUGCUGUGGCAGUUGAGUCCGUUUCCAGCAGCAGUGAUACCUGGAUGUUUGCGUCUCGGUGGAUCCUCCGGGAUCAGGAGUUUGUGUACAACGCUACUGGACUGCUCCGGCUGGUGUGGUUUUCCCCGUCAUCUCCACAGAAGUGUGCACCAUUUCCCUGUGGUGUCUUCUCGCCUUCUCGUCAAGUUGCCUUGCAGUCUGCAGUGAUCUGGAGGGAGCAUAAAGGAGACGGGUUAAUUAACUUGUGCGGAGAGCCUGUGAAGUAGCAACGAUGCCUGAGGCGGCAGAUCCAAUCAACCUCACCUUCCUCUCUGACUCGGAGCGGGCGCUCAUUCUGGAGGUGCUGCGAAGGGACGAGGAGCUCAGGCAGGCUGAGGAGCAGCGCAUUCGGAAGCUGAAGGCGGAGCUGCUGGACAUCAGGAGGAAGGGGGCCAAACGGGGAAAUAAAAGAUACAGCCAGCACAGCUGUGGCCGGUGCCAGGAGCCCCUGAGUCGGCUGACGAUCGGAUCCAGCCAGUGCAGGGCAUGUAAACACGACGUGUGCCGUAGCUGCCGAACAGUGCGCCCAAAUGGAUCCUGGCUGUGCAGCGUGUGUGCCAAAGAGGCGGAUUUGAAAAAAAGCACUGGGGACUGGUUUUAUGAUCAAAGAGUCAAUCGUUUCUGCACUAACCCUGGACACGACCUUGUGAGAUGCUCCCUGAAAAAGAGGCCUCCAUUGAAGAAGCGCGAGACAGUGGGAGAAAAGCUGCUGAAAACUGCGGAGGCCAACCCUGAUUCGCUCGCCCCUGUGCCUCGCCCCCGACAGAAAGAUUCAAUGGCCAAUACUAAGGGUCCACCAAGUGAGACAUCAGGGUCUAUUGGAUCAAGAGAGUCGCACAAAACGACAGAACCCGUCAGAUCCAAGGAGCAGCAACACUGCAGCGAUUCCGAGUCUACAGAAAAGACCAGUCUAUCCAGUAAAACUGAGACCGAAUCCGGCCGUGGAACCCCUGACUCGGGGAGGAACAAAGAGAUGAAGGUGCGGAAUAGUCCAGCGGGAUCUAGUGCUUCCAGUUUCAAGGCGGACAGUGUCAGCAGUCACAGCUCCAACCCGGAGGCAAACACUCUGAAUGUUGAUGGGAUUUUCAAAAAGAGCAUCAAACGUGCCCAAAAGUCCUCAGAGUUCAAAUCCUCCCUUGACCUGCGUAAAGAGGAAGUUGUUGCGCCACCAGCCUAUAUGGGCAACAGGAGUCAGUCUGUUCCCGGCCUUGAUGUGCAGGAAGAUGAAGAGGAAGAGGAGGAUAUUGAUAGCUUGGUUAACCUCCAUAAAAAGACAGUGGCUUCAAGUUCCUCUAGUCUGAACAGCUCAAAGAGCACGCUGGGCAGUCUGAUGAGUGUUUACAGCGAGGCGGGGGAUUAUGACUGUGUGGAUGUGAGUGGGGACAUCGUCUUUUCUCUCUGCUAUGAUGAACACACCAGGAGCCUCAACGUCUUCAUCAAAGAGUGCCAUGGGCUGGCCUAUGGAGACUCCUCUCGGCAUCGCUCCAACCCGUAUGUCAAAUGUUACCUUCUCCCAGACAAGUCCCGCCAGAGCAAACGGAAGACGGGCAUCAAGAGGAACACAGUCAGCCCAGUUUACGAGGAGACUUUAAAGUAUGCCGUCAACCGGUCCCAGCUACUAACCCGCUCCCUGUUGUUGUCUGUCUGGCAUCACGGACGCAUCAGCCGAAAUGCCUUUCUGGGCGAAGUGGAGGUUCCUUUGGACUGCCGGGACCUUGACUCCCCUCAGGAGGAAUGUGUGGCACUCAUGGGGAGAGCAGCCUGUCCUGUGAAGGCUUCCGCCUUUGCUCAGGACAAAGGCGAGUUGGUGAUCUCCUUGAAGUACAUCACACCCAAAAUGUCAACAGCUGACAAAAUCCAAGGCAAGAAGGUGAAGACCGAGGAAGGGGGCGAGUUGCAUGUCCUCAUUAAGGAGGCAAAGAAUUUGAUGGCUAUGAAAAUGGGAAUAUCCGAUUCGUUUGUGAAAGGGUACUUAUUACCAGCCAAGGCCAAGUCCACAAAGAAGAAGACUCCAGUUGUGAAGAAGAGUCUAAACCCACAUUAUGACCACACAUUCGUUUACAAGGAGCUGAGCCUUCAGCAGCUGAAGGAAAUGUGUCUGGAGCUGACUGUUUGGGACAGAGAGGCCCUCUCUAGUAAUGAAUUCCUUGGAGGUGUUCGCCUCAGUACUGGCACAGGCACACUGAAAAUCGGAAAGGAGGAGGUGGAAAAGGACUCUGUGGGAGAGGAGGUUAGUCUGUGGCAUAAGAUGAUGCAGUACCCUGAUUCCUGGGCAGAGGGCACUCUUCCACUGCGUUCCACUAUGGGGAAGACAAAGGGCAAAUGAG